GGUGACAGCAGCAGCAGCAGUCAGCUGUCAGCUGCGGUGUGCUCCUCCGGUGUGCUCCCCCGGUGUGCUCCCCCCUCCUCCUCCUCCUCCUCCUCCAGCAGCAGCAGCAGCAGCCUCCUGCAGCAUGGACAGCGAUGAGGAGAACAUAGAGGAGGCCGUGGAGGGCCCAUUGGAUGAAGACGGUCAGCCUCAUGGGUUCUGCACAGUAACCUACUCGUCCAGCGAUCGUUUUGAAGGACACUUCACCCACGGAGAGAAGAAUGGCAAGGGCAAGUUCUUCUUCUUUGAUGGAAGCACCCUGGAGGGGUUCUAUGUGGACGAUGCUCUGCAGGGCCAGGGGAUGUAUACAUAUGAAGAUGGCGGCGUCCUCCACGGGACGUAUGUGGACGGCGAACUCAACGGGCCCGCUCAGGAGUUCGACGGAGAGGGCCGACUGGUGUUCAAGGGCCAGUACAAAGACAACAACCGCAGUGGGGAAUGCUGGGUCUACUACCCUGAUGGAGGCUGUGUUUUUGGGGAGGUGAAUGAUGACGGGGAGAUGACCGGUGAAUCUGUAGCGUACAUCUACCCUGACAGACGGACGGCUCUCUAUGGAAGCUUUGUGGAUGGGGAGCUGAUCGAGGCUCGCCAUGCCACCGUGAUCUCCAACGAGGGCGGGAGGCCACGUUUUGAGAUCACACCCAACAGUCCUGUGUACUCGUACGACAAGUCCACUUCCACCUGUGUCGCCACCCACACUCUGCUUCCUGACCCCUAUGAGAGCCAGAGGGUGUUUGUAGCAGACUCUAUGAUCAAAGGAGCAGGACAGGGCCUGUUUGCAAAGACAGAUGUUGAGGCUAACACUGUGAUGGCUUUUUACAAUGGAGUACGCAUCACACACUCCGAGGUGGACAGCAGAGACUGGGCACUGAACGGAAACACGAUCUCUUUGGACGAGGAUACGGUGAUCGAUGUCCCUCAGCCGUUUGACCAGACGGACAGAUACGGUGCCUCCCUGGGUCACAAGGCCAACCACUCCUUCACCCCCAACUGCAAAUAUGACCCGUUUGUCCACCCUCGUUUUGGUUCCAUCAAGUGCGUCCGAACCUUGAGGGCCGUGCAGAAAGAUGAGGAGCUGGUGGUCGCCUACGGUUACGAUCACGAGCCGACAGGGAAGAAUGGCCCAGAGGCCCCUGAUUGGUACAAGCAGGAGCUGAUGGAGUUCCAGCAGAGACAGGCGGCUCGCUCUGGCCAGUAAGAAUACAGAAGAAAUUUCUCAUGGACAAUAAAACAAUCCCCCCCCCUACCUGUGCCACCACCUCACAAGACUCCUGCAGCAUUACGACAGCUGAUAUCCCCCGCAGCUGCAAACCACACCGUAGACAUUGGAGAAGUUACAGUGCUUCGUAUGCGAUACUGCAUGAGCAAGUCAAUAUGAGUGGAGGUCCUGGAGAUCUGAGGCCAGAGCGACACAAGAACUAUGCAAGAAACCAAAUGUUAUUAGAGGAGACAUGUCUCUGGCCGGAGGUGCUGUUCUGUCUGAUUUCCCCCCCGUCCUCUUCAUCACAUAUUACUCAUGAAAGUCUCGAUUUAAAUGCUCAUGAAAAAAAAGUAUGAAAAACUAUUACCAUUUCUCUCAGUCUUCACUGUCUAUAUCUUCACUUGUUUUCCACAGUGGCUGCAGUUUACUCAACAGGGCUCCCCACCAGGUGUUAACAGCACUAUUGUACCGCACAGUAUUUAUCUUAUUUAUUGAAACACAAAACUAAUUCAGCUGGCCCGAUCAUGCAUUUUAAAAGUGUAACUUUAUAGGCCUGUUCACUUAGCAUACAGUGUAUAUUACAGUGACUAAUGAUAUCUGAAAUUGGUAAAGAACUGUAUUUCCUGAGCUUUGUAGAGGCGAUUUGUAAUGUAGGCACUAAAAUAAUGGAUGGUCUACCACAACAGGAAAGACCUACUGUGAGCUUGUUCCACUUUUCUAACCUAAUUAUGUGUUCAUACCCUACAAAAUAAAAGUCCAACAUGAAGAAAGUCAA